GAGUUUGCAACACUGACUGUGUAGCUCUUUACAGUCAGGAGUGAACCUCCUUGCAUAGUUAAUAGUAACAUUUGAACGUUAGUGUUGGUGUAUAGCGGUGUGUUUAAUCGUAAUUUGCAAUUGUUUUUCUACCACUUUCAUUCUCAUUGGGGUUUGUUUCAGAGUUUUGUAGACACAUGGAAUCCCGAAGGGGAUUAUGUGAAUUGUGUGGUGGAACUUUUAAGCACAGGAAGAGCUUAUACAGACAUAUAGUGAAAUUUCACAUGGAUGUAAAAAGAAAUCAGGGUAAAGAGACUUGUAACAUUUGUCACAGGAAUUUUUGGAAUGUGGCAGCACGAGAUCGCCACUUCAGGACGCACAAUACAUCAUUCGGAAAGGUGUCAUGCACAGAAUGCAAUGAUUUUAAAUGCCGUUUCAUGCGAGACUUAAGAAGCCAUCUAGAAUGUCAGCAUGGAAUUAAGAUUGAAAGAGAAGAAAUGGAGUUUGAUUCCAUGGAACAGUUCCUUCAGUGGAAAGAAAAGAUGGAAGGCGAAAAAAGAGUUUCAUUCAUAAAGCAACGUGGUGGCACACUAAACACGCAGAAGUCUAAAAUUUAUUAUUUGUGCCACCGUUCCGGAAAUUUCAAAACAGUGGGUUUGGGGCAAAGGUUGGCUGGUCCCUCGGUCAAAAUUGGUCGCACAUGUCCUGCCUCUUUGAUAGCGACGAAGAUGCCAUCAGGCAAAGUCAGUGUCCAGUUCUAUGCCACACACACAGGCCACAGCUUCUCUAUGGGUUCUCUGCAUCUCACUCCUGCUGACAGAGCAAUGGUUGCUGACUUAAUUGCAAGUGGUCUAUCAGAUGCUGAAAUUUUAAAGAAAAUAAGAGAUGGUGCACAUGAAAGCAGCUUAAAAAGGGUACACAUGUUAAAAAGGAAAGACAUUUAUAACAUCAAAAAACAAUAUAAAUUGGACAUCCCUUUAGAUAAGAAUGUAGCAGUUAAUGUGAAACAGGAGUCAUCGGUUGUCAACACUGAUAACUUGCAAGCUGCAGCACAGGACAGAUGUGAGCUGUUAAAAGAAAUGAUGGCAAGUGUUGACGAUGAAAAUAUUAGUCAGUAUAUUGAGUCACUGGACAGACUAAUAGAGGAAGCCAGUGUAACUGUUGCAUCACAGGAAGAGGACUCUAUUGGCAGACAAGAAUAUAUUGACCCUAAACAUGGCCAUGUAAUGGCAAUCAUUUAUAUUUAAUGCUUUUGUUGGAAUGUUAAUAGUACAUGUAUUUGAAAGGAAGUUUUAAUUUUUUUUUCCUGCCCUCUCUAUGCCCAGCCAGUUGUCAACACGAAUUUAAUAUGAUAAUGUCACCAAAAUAUUUAAAAACAAAGAAACACAACAUUCACAGUGUCUGUAUUCAGUUUUCCAGAUUAUGUUCAUUUAAGUUAUUAUUUAGUAACUCACUAGACAUGCAAAACAAGAGAGAAGUUUACAUUCAGCAGUUGUCUUGUGUACUGAAGUUUAGAACUUAAUGUGUUUCUUUGCAUAAUGUGGCUUUAACAUUUAUAUUUGCUUUAAGCUGAUGCAAAUACAUUAUCAAACCAGUUUGUGCUCCCUAUUACAGAGAGUCAGUGCAUCUUAAGCAUAGUCUAUCAUAAAUAAAUGAAUGUUCAUAGAAA